AUGGUAAUGACAAUGAUGGUGAUGAUGAUGAAAGGACAUAAAGAGUGUUUGUUAGCCAAACCUGUCAAUGUUAGGUAUAAACUUCAAAAAAGGGGAGUCCAGGACCAAGUUUCUCCAGAAUCUGGAAUGGUGCUGUCUGUCAAGCAACAGGAAUUAUUUCAAAGAAAUGAAUGGAAACCUCCUUCAAGAGGGCAACAGCCUAUUUUUCAGCCACAGAGCUCCAGAUUUAAGAUGGCAGAAAGGAUUAGAGUACAUGGCCAUUACGGUCAUUACUAUGAUAAACUUGACAACUUGCAGAGGAAAGCUAACGUACAUUACGACCUUUCUCAUAUCACCCAAAGACUUGAGGAAUACUAUGAACUAAAAGGACAAGUUGCACCUCCACCCCCACCACCCGACUGGACUGCAGAGUAUCUUCAAAGGCGUUUUGAAGCCCAACAGUACAAGAUUAAAGUAGAAAAACAGCUGGGACUGCGACCAUCUUCUGCUGACCCAUAUAAUGACCAAAUACAGCAGGAAAAAAUAAAGGAAGAGCAUCUCAAAAACCAUAAGCGGGACAUGUCUAGAAAGAAUGAAAUGAAAGAACAGGAGUACCUGAAACAAUUGCAGAAAAUUCGGGAAGAAUACCACAGCAAUAUAAAGGAGUUCAGAUUUAGAGCAGGAGUACUCCAGGAGAACCAAAAAAUACAAGAUAAAACGUAUCAUGUGAGGCAAGGGAAAGCUGAGGACCAGUGUGUCACCAAGGGUACAGCUGGAACAGGAGAAGAAUCACUUCAGGACAUGGAAGAAAACUUGAAACAAGUCAGACUCCAGGAUAGGCAAGACCAAAACAUCUUAGAAAAGAAAUAUAGCACAAAGGGAGGAAUAAAGUUUGAAAUUAAUUUAGAUGCAUGUGUUCCUGAGGAAGACAGCAUUCAAGAAGCAGAGGUACUAGAUAAACUUAGUGAGACUUUAACUGUUGUGGACAGUGAGAGUCUUCAGGAGGAAUUGGUGGAAGUUUAUGAAGAUCAUGUGGACAGAGCUUUGGAAAAACUAUCUGGAUACCAAACAGAGUCCAAUGACAUAGAUGAUACAAAAGAAAACAGAAAACACUGGCAAUCUGGAGCCCCUCAGACACUACUGAAUUUUUUAGCUGAUGCUGAUGUUACAUCUGUAUGUCCUGCUAUGACUGAAAAUGAACUUGCUGGCCAUACUACUAUGCCUGAAGACAUCCCAAAAAACAGGAAGCAGUGGAAACAAACACCACCAGAGACACUCCUGAACAUCUUAGCAAAAGCAGAGCUAUCUAAUGACUCCUUCAGCCAGCUUGAAGAGGAAAUAGAAAACAGGGAAGAUGGUUCAGAAACAUACUCUGCUGUUGCUGUUGAUGAAGGCAGACUUGAGCCAAGAUCAGAUGAUGAAGACACCAAUUUUGAAGAUUCUGAAGAUGAACUGAGACACGAACUGAAGGAAUCUCUGGAAAAAGUGGCAACUUCUCCAGCAGAAAGAACCACAGAGUCUCCCAUCCUUUCAAUAAAUAAAGGUCAAACAGAUGAAGAAAAGAGAAGUUUACCUAGCAAACGACUUGGCAAAUCUGAUGAUGAUUCAGAAAAUAACCAUGGGUCAUUUAGUGUUGACACACAUAAUGAAAAAGGCAAGCAGGAAGCAAGAGCUACCUAG